UGUAUGGUAGGUGUUUUGAGCGAAGAAAGCACAGAUGUUCGCAUUUCUCACAGACAUGUGAGCUUCAAAAUACCAUUUAUCUACCAAAAUGUACACUCUUAAGUAGCCGUACGCUUUUAUGUUUCGCGUGUUGUACUAUGAACCGCCACAAACCGGCCAAUUUAUCAUUUAUUGUCUCUAGCAUAUGCGAAAAGGCUACGAUGCUAAUUUAGCUUCUAAAACGGAAAGAAUAACAUCCAAACUAAAGCUAUUAAUGUGACAUUACUGCUCAACAAACCGGCUCCCCAGGAUGAUGGACUAAUAUGCGUGAUAUUAGUAUCCACAUCUCCUUUCUGGCUAGUUAAGUCACAAAUAAAUUACAGGUUUAGCCUUUGUUUUCAAAACGCAACGCGACAUUGAUCGGGAGGCAGCAGGAGGAGGAAAAAGAUGGAUGAAAGUGCCGAAAAUGUCAACGAUGACAUUGUCAUCAUCGUUGAAAACGAGGCGGAAAGUUUGUCUGCCGAGGAGGAGAGGCUGAAACAGCUAGGCACCUUUGGGCUCAUGGACACUUGUCCCAUCUGCAAGUUGAGCUUUCACAAUAGAGAGCCCAAACUGCUGCCGUGCCUCCACUCCUUCUGCAAGAGGUGUCUGCCUGCCCCGUUCAGGACCGCUGACCCGAGGCGUGACUCGCAAGGACAAGUCGACAACAACAAAUCAAUAGGCGCCAUACGAUGUCCAGUAUGCAGACAGGAAUGCUGGGAAAUGGAUGUGUUGGAUAAUUUCUUUGUUAAGGACUCCGCCGAGUUGCCGAGCAGCACAGUGGAGAAAACCAGCCAGGUGUGCAUGAGCUGUGAGGACAACACGGAGGUGACAGGUUACUGCGUGGAGUGUGUUGAGUUUCUGUGUGUGACGUGCAUUGAGGCGCAUCAGAGGGUAAAGUUCACCAGGGAUCACACCAUACGGCAGAAAGAGGAGAUGUCGCCAGGUAAAGCAGUAGGCAUUUCCACGCAGAAGCCCGUCUUUUGUGACGUCCACAAGCAGGAGCCACUGAAGCUGUUUUGUGAGACGUGCGACCGACUCACCUGUCGAGACUGUCAGCUGCUUAAACACAAGGAUCACAACUACCAGUUUCUGGAGGACGCAUACAGGAACCACAGGCAGAAUCUGGAGAACAUGACUCAGCAGUUGCAAGAGAAAAGAAAAGCCAUCGAGGAUGUUUCCAGCUGUAUCAACACUGGACUCCAACAAGUUGAAGAAAACCGAAAGUCUGUAACUAAUGAAAUAAAGAAGUCUAUCUGUAACUUGAUUAUGGAGAUCAACAGGAAGGGAAAGAUCCUGGUUAACCAGCUUGAGGCUCUGACUAAAGACCACGAGAUGGGUUUGAAAAAGCAGCAAGAAGAUGUCAACUCUCUCACCAGACACCUAGACCACGUCAUCAGAUUUACUAAAUGGGCCACAGCCAGCCACAGUGGAACAGCCCUCCUGUACUGCAAGAGACUAAUUCUUUUCCAGAUCCAUUACCUGAUGAGAGCGAGCUGCAGUCCCUCCAUCGUCCCUCAGAGUUCUGUUCGCUUCCAGUGUCGCUCUGGUUUCUGGGCCACAAAUGUAGAUCUCGGUUCUCUGGUAGUAGAAAGAGGCCCGGGACGACCGACCGUCAGCAACCAACAGCAGGGUCCUAGACCAGAGGUGCCCACUGGAGGUCUGUCAGUCUCAGCUCAGCAGCGACAGAGCACGUUGGCUCAGCUCCAAAUGCAGGUGGAAAAACUCUCCCAGCAGCCCCACAGACAGCCUCCUCCUAACCACUGGUCCUGGUACCAAAACGUACGGCUCCCAGGACCCGCCGGCCCUCCUCCCCCAACCAGACCCAUCCACGGAGGAUCCUCCCCAUCCCAAUGCCCCACCAGCAUGGGACAGCCAGGACCGGGACGCAGGUACGGGAGCUCCCACCCCAACUCCAACCCCAACUCCAACCCCAGAAGCCCCACCUCCUCCAUGCUUCACAACGCCGGAUUUCCACCUCCUCAAUCUCUGAGAGAUCUGAUCCUUAGCUCCAGCUUCCCCCCUAAACCCGUGGAUGUGUUGCAGGGUACGUCUCGCUACCCACAGCCUAUGUCCUCUGCCGGAGCAGCUACACAGACAUCACUGCACCAGCAGCGGGGCUUAGCGGAGUCGUCUUUCCUUAAGAGGAGCGAAACAGGCGGAACUGUCCCCUCCAUCACCAUCUCCAUCCCCAAACCUAGCUUUCCUUCAAGCCUGGCUUCAGCAACCGCAGACAAAACAAGCACGCUCAAUCACAUUACAGUUCAAGGAAGGCAGAAUUCACCAAUGGCCAAACCAUCUUCUACAGACAGAAGCACGGGGACGACUUCCUGGAAGCAGACUCCCGAGCCACCAUCUGCCCCCUCAGCCAAGCGACGAAGAAGAACAUCCCCCGGGCCCGUUAUCGUCAUCAAGGACGAACCAGAGGACGAGGAUGAAGUUCGCUUUGUGCAGUCCAGCCUUCCAGACAGCAGCACCGGGGCUCAGUCCAAACCCCGGCAACAGCUGAAGGUGUGCCCCCAAACCCCGGCCCCUCGAUCAGACCUCACCCCCGGAAACGAGCAGCACCCUCAGCCCGCAGCCCAGUCGGCCGAGUCGGAAAAGAGAGCGGAGCCAGAAGAAGACCCCAACGAGGACUGGUGCGCUGUCUGUCAGAACGGAGGGGAGCUGCUCUGUUGCGACAAGUGUCCCAAAGUUUUCCACCUGUCCUGCCACAUCCCCACUCUGAACGAGUCCCCCAGCGGCGAAUGGUUCUGUUCAUUCUGCCGAGACAUCGCCUCUCCUGAGAUGGUGUACGACUGCGACAGCAAGGACGACCCCGAGCCUGACGGAUUGCAACCUGUUGACAGAAGGAAAUGUGAGAGGCUGCUGCUACGUUUAUUCUGCAAUGACUUCAGCACCGACUUCCAGCAGGCUGCUUCUACAGCUGAGACGAAAAGGUAUAAAGAGCUGAUCAAGACCCCGAUGGAUUUAUCAAUAGUUAAGAAGAGGCUGCAGUCAAAGCUGAAGGAUGUUGAAUGUUACAUCACUUCUGAGGGGUUUGUCGCAGAUGUCAGACUCAUAUUUUUCAACUGUGCAAAGUACUACAAGGCAACCUCGGAGGUGGGGAGUGCAGGCUUGUACUUAGAGGACUACUUUGAGGAACAACUGAAGCUCGUGUACCCGGACAAGAUCUUUCCUGGAGGAAGGGAAGAUCAGAUGAUCCCUCCUUUAGAGGAUGAGAUAGAUGAAGAAGAGGAACAGGUGAUGGAGGAAGGUAUGGCUCCCAUAGAGGACGAUAAACCAGCAGAUCCUGAGGGCGAAGGAAUCCCCCCUGUGGAAGAGGACAUGGCUCAUCCGGAAGAGGGGACAGCCUCAGUGGAGGAACAAGAGCCAGAAAUGAAGGAGAAGCAGACUAAUAUGAGCGAAGAGAAAAGGGACCUAAAGGUGGCAAAAGCAGAGGAAUGCAAGCCGCCCGCGGAGGAGGUAAAGGAGGAUGAGAAAACUCCUUCGGAAGAGGUGAAAAGCUCUCCAGCUGAUGAUAGUGAAAUAACAAAUGAGGCGACCGCCAGCUCCCCAAAAGAGGAGAGCCCUCAUGUCCCUGCGGACACGACUGCAGAUCCGUCUGAAAGCCAGGAGGAGGAGAGCGCUCCUGCAAACACAGCCAAAGAAGAGGAGGGAUAGAAAGAUCACAGCAAAGACAAACUGAUAAGAUGGAUGAUUUCAGUCUUCCACAGAAGUGGCCCCAGUGGGGACCUAUAUUUGCUGCAAUCAGACAGUUUUUUUACGAUGUUAUUUGCAAUAGGAAAAAAAGGGUUCAGCUACACUAAAUAGACAUAGUUAUUUAGUAGAAGUUCUGCUGUAGAUGCACAUUGAGAGGAGUAGCUCUUUUUUCUGUCUUUGCUGAACAGACGUUACAAUUUUACUGUAACUAAAAAGGUUAUUUUCUGUGACGAUGACGAAAAGCACACGACAUAUAUAUUCUUUGUUAAUAGGAUCAUGCGUAAGUUAUUAUCUUAAUCAUCAGUUGUACAUAAAGUGGCCAUGAACUGAAUGCACAAAUGCUGCAAUCAAAAAUAGGAAAAUAAGACUUUGGGUUAGUUAAUGCAUGCAGGAUGUCUUAAUAUAAAUAAUGAAGCCUCCGUUUUCUGUGUUUAGCUCAUUUGCCUCAUGAACAAAUUAUGUUUUUGUUGCAAUACUAUUGUUUAUUUUUUAUAAGUAUUGUAUUAAUUACUAUGCUAUGUAUGCGACAAUUAGGGCCGCUGUACAUACUGUAGUUUCUGUACAUGAGGAACAUCUAUCAGUUAUUUUUAUCAAUUUAAAUAAUGCUUUGAAAAAAAACUGGAAUCAUGGAAAUUGUGCAGUUGGAAAAUUAACUCUUCUUUUUUUGUGUUGCAAGUUUUGGUUGCCUCUCAUCCCCAAAAGUCCAAAUCAUGUUUUAUCAUACAGCAGCCUUCUCACUGUCUCCCCCUGACAGCAGCUUCACCUUACUGCAUCAUGAUCACUCUUACUGUAGAUAAGAGUAGGUCAAAGCCUUGUUUUUAAAGAAUGUGCAAUUAAACACAGUUGGCCAAUUACACACACACACACACGCACACACACACACACACAAAAAAAAGGAAAUGAACAUCCUCAUAUCUAUAUUGCCCUCCCCCAAAUAUCACUAUUUUAUUUUAUUUAUUGAGGAUAUGUGAAAACCUGCUAAUGAACUCUACAAUGUUGAGCAUUAGAACAAUCCUGCUUUUGCAAUAUUUGUAAUAAACAGGAUUACAUGUAGAUCUGACUCGUUCCCACUGUUGUCAUCUUUAUGCUGAGGUGUACUGCACCUGUACAAAGUUUAGGAAUUUUAUGCUACUUCACUUACUUAAACUUUACUGCUUUUCAGAGGGAAAUCAGCUGUAGUUUGGUGGGUAGGUUUUUACAUCUAAAACAGUUGGUAAUAUGUUACAUAAUCAAGUAUUUAGCAGUAUAAGAGGUAGUUAAAACGACUUCCAUUUUAAUGCAUCGGUAGAAAUAUGAUAACGUCUGGGCCAUUUUGCAACAACUACUUCCACUUUUGACAUUUUAAGUACAUUCUGUACUUUUUCUACUGAUAUUGAAUGUAGUAGUUUUUGGAGCUGCAACGAUUAAUAGAGUCGAUUGACAGAAAAUUGAUUGGCACCUAUUUUGAUACUAUUACUUUGUUUUUUAAUUAAUCUGUUCCAGCUUCUUGACUGUGAAUGUUUACUGGUUUCUUUAGUCCUGUAUGAUAGUCAUUUGGCUAUCUGAAUUUGGCUUGUGAAUGGGACAAAACCAGAUAUUUUAGGUAGAGUCUUGGGUUUGGAGAAAUUUUCACCAUUCUCUUACUUUAUGUUGAUCAAGGGACUGAUCGAUUAAUCUGGAAAAUAAUCAGAUUAAUAUAUAAAAAUCAGUAUUUAUAUUUACAUUUUUAAUAUUUUUUUAUUGUCUUUGAUCUCUUUUACCUCUUUUAUCAUGUGCCUGUCUUCUCUCUGCUGUGUUUCUGCAUCUUUUUUCCUCUGGUUUAACUUAAACUUAACUUUAACUUUAUGUCUUCCUUUUGUUUGGCUCACUGUUAUAUUUCCUUCUCAGUAUCCUGCUUUUGCUUUGCUUUGCUUUGUUAAAGCACUUUGUACAC